UGACAUAUCCAUAUAUAAUUAGGAGAUAUUUCCUAUUUAUUCAAUGUAUCUAUUUUCUUGUAAAGCCCUAUAUAUUCCUCCUUACAAAGAAGAAUACAACCAUCCAAAUAUACAAACCAUAUUCUUAUUCUUAGCAUGGUAUUAGAUCGGCCGAUCUUAGGUCGUCUCUAAGCCCUCAAAUCAUAUCCUCAAAUUCAAACACAAACCCUAAAUUAAAUUCCUAAACCCUCAAAUCAAAUCCUCUUAUCAAUUCCCUAAACACAAACCUAUAUCAAAUUUCAUAUAGUUCCGCAGCAAUGUCAGAGGAACCUCUCUUGCUAACAAAAGGCUCCUCCAAUUCCAACCCUCAAAUUGUCACAAUUCAGAGUGACAACUCCUUGCUCCCUCCCAGAAUCAUCCUCAAUGAGACCAACUAUGCAUUGUGGUCUCAAGUUAUGGAGAUGCGAAUUGUUGCAAGAGAAAUCAAGGAUGCAGUCAAAAAGACCUUCUAUGAUGGGGGUGAUGAAUCUUACCUUUAUGAUCUGAACAAACGGGCAUUUACUAUGAAGCAAAAUGGUACACCCGUUCAUACAUACUACAACCAAUUACAAAUUAUUUUUCAGGAGAUAGAUCAUCGGAGUCCAAUCAGUAUGCAAUGUGCAGCCGAUUUGACUACCCGCCAAUUAGAGAUAGAUCGUCUUUGCGUUCAUAUUUUUCUUGCAGGACUAGACCCAGAGUUUUAUCAGGUUCGUGGGGAAAUAUUGCGCAAAGAUCCAAAACUGGACCUUGAAAAUACAUUUGCCUACGUCCGUAGAGAUGCUCAACAAAGAAUGUCCAUGAACGGUGCCAAUGAUCCUCAAGAUGCAUCAAUCAUGGCUACUCACCGUCAAAAGGGAGCACAUAAUUCUCCUGGUAUCUUUGCUCAAAAUAAGGCAUCCGGAACUCAUCCAAAAAAAAAGUGCACACACUGUGGAGGUAGCAAACAUACCCGUGCUGGAUGCUAUGAGUUGAUUGGGUAUCCAAAUUGGUGGGACCAUUCCAAAGCUCCACAGAAGAAUAGAGGAAAAGCACUACAAGUGUCUUCAGAUUAUGUCCCUGACAUCAUCACCAACAAGACGAUUGGUUGUGGUACUAGGAGGGGUAAACUCUAGUACUUGGACUUGGCACCAGACAGUCAAACUUUCUAGAUGGGUGGAGACAAUGGUGAGAAAAAGAAAGAUGAAGUGUGGCUAGACCUGUUGGACAUGCUUCUUUUGGCUAUUUACAAAAGUUA